UAAAAUUACAGUCAAAAUUUCAAAAUUGAAAAGUUUAAAAAGUCACAACAGUGUCACAUAAACUAUAUAGAUAUUUAUACAAGUUCUCCAGCUGUUGCAAAGUAAAAUCUCCAUCACAAUAGGCUUGUUUACUUCUAAUUUUGCUGACGUGCCGCACCUAAGCAGCUGACAGAGCGUACUCGACAGACUGCUCGCGUGUGCGUGUGCUGCCCUGAGAGAACGAAUGAAGUGUGCUCAAUUUCCAAUUCACUGAUAAGGAGAUUUCAUUGGAGAAUCUCGGUUUGUGUUAUCCGGUUGUUAUUAUGUCGAUAUUGAUGAAAUACCGCUGAUAUUUUGAACAAGAUCGACAGGACACCCUACAGAAUGGCGCGACUUUUGCAGUUGCUUUCGAUGUGGGCCAUUGUUCUCUUACACAUCCAGAACGUGAAGACAGAUGUCCGCAAACCUUGUGGAAUGGUGGAAGAUUGGUUUCCAAGCGGUGUUGAGCCUCAAACCUCAACUCCUCCAUAUGUACUCGAUGUAAUUCGUCAACGAGAUGGAAAGUCCGUUCGUGACGAUAUGUACCAGAAUAAAGGACGCUACGACUGGCACGAAAAGUACACAAUCUUCUUGAAUGGCACUCAGUCCAAUAAGUUUACUGGUUUUAUGAUUUACAUCUACAACGAAUUCGAAGAUGAAGGAAGUGGACAUUUUGUAAAACCACUACCUGCUGGAGUAUCCAUGGAAGAAUGUCACUUCAAUCUAACAUCACAAUGGGUAAUUCUACCUUUGAACUAGUUCAGGGUUACUUAGUUUCUAUUUGUUUU